UAAACCAGUUAUUUAUUGCCACGCCUACAUUUAAAAUGGCUACUGGUCGUUCUCCUCUCUCUCUCCCUCCUCUUCCUUCUCCUCUCAAACUGGAAGGCUCUAAUGGCAGCAGCGGGAGUAGCGGGUCGUCCUCAGAAGUAGCUCCUUUCAUAUCUAAAGUCUGGUCUAUCGUCAAUGAUGAGUCCAUACUUCAUUUAGUAGCGUGGUCUGAGAGCGGAAAGACCUUCCUUGUUCUAGAUGAGCCUCGUUUCUCAAAAGAUGUUCUUCCAAAGUAUUUCAAACACAACAACUUUGCAAGUUUUGUACGUCAGCUCAACCUGUAUGGAUUUAGGAAAGUUGCUAAACCAGAUCAAGGUGCUCUACUGAAGAGUAGUGGUGACAGUGUUGAGUUUUGGCACGCUAACUUUCGCCGGGAUCAUCCUGAACUCCUGAACCUUGUUCAGAGGAGGCCGGUGUCUUCAAGAACAGGCGGAGAUGAUAAGAAUGCGUGUUUAUCUCAAGUUAUUAAUGAUAUUCAUUCAGUUAAGGGGAAUCAGACUAACAUUGAAGGGAUGAUGAACGAACUGAAGAGGGAGAACAUUCAUUUAAAACAGGAGAUUGCUAUUCUUAAAGAGAAACACAAGCACCAGCACAGACUACUGAACAAGAUCAUUCAUUUCAUUGUUCAUUUAUUGUAUAAAGGAACACUACCAACUAAAAGAAGUCGCCUUAUGUUAACUGAUGUUGAGGAUUCUUUAUUGUCUCCACCCACUAAACGGAUUUCAUUGGACCCACCAUCUCCCAUUGGAUAUUCAGUUCAAUCACCUUUGGCCCCUCCCCUUCCAAUUAAUUCUCUUCCAUCUUCAUCAUCAGUAAUACCACCUGUGUCUUCUCGUGUUGAUGAUCCUCUUCCUCCCUCUGAUGGUGUUGGUGGGGCAGUUGGUGACGGAGACUUUCUGGAGGAACUCCUAACAUCCUCGCUACCUCCUAGUUCCUAUUCCAAUACUUUGGUACCAGUGUCUCAGUCUCAGCCCAUUGAUGUGCAGUCCAUUCUGGAACCACAACUGGAAACAAACCCAGAAAGUGCCCUAUCUCUAGCCCUACAGAAACAGCAUGAUGAGAUAGAGAGUCUGAAGUCACAAGUUCCUGACCAACUGAGCAUUGACCCACUCAUACUAACUGAAUUCAUCAAUAGUUCUGAGUUCCUCCCUGACUAUGAUUUCAUAGAUACUGCACGAUUGUUAGAGUCAGUCUCCUCUGAGUCAGAGAUGGUCCCUAACGAAGAGAUGAUACAAAAUGCACUCAUACCGUACAAUCCCGUGAACCAGCAAUAAAUAAUAAUUAAUAAUUAUGAUAAUUAAUGCUAAAAUACUAAUGAACACAAUACAUUGUUGCACUGUACAGUUUUAAUAAAAUGAAAGUUCACAAAACUGUCGCUACC